GUGGCCAAACCGUCUGGUUGCCUAGGGAACUAGGCAGAAAAGGAGGGAGCAAAGUGUUUCCAGGUCAUCCCGAACAUGGAGGGAGAACAGUGGAGAGAGGAGGAGCAGAGCGAGACGCAAACAAGGGAGUGGGUUAGGAAGCGGGAGGAGGAGUGUGAGAGAGAGCAGGAGAGCGUAGGGGAGGAGGGCGAAUGGGCGGAAGAGGAGGUCAGGGCCCUGCUGGCUGUCUGGGCUGAGGAGGACAUUCAGCGCGGCCUGCGGGGGGCCAGCAGGGACAAAGCCAUUUUUAUGCACAUGUCCAGUCGCCUGCACCAGCUGGGAGUCUUCAGAGACUGGAGGCAGUGUUUGGCCAAGUGCUCCUGCCUACAGAGGGAGUACCACAGCAGCCAGCCGAGAGGCGGCGCCGGGCUCCUCGGGGACAUGGACGCCGUCAUCACCCCCGAAUACCUAGCAAAGGAAGAGGGGGAAGAGGAGGAGGAGGAGGAGGAGGAAGAGGACGAACAGGGAGACGAGCAGGCCUUCCCCCGCUGGGCCCCAAACAGGCCUGAGGAGAGAUCAGGGGUGAGCCCUUCAGCCACGGAUGUGCUCAGGGAAGGAGGACAGUGCCUAAUCAGAGAGCCACGCUUCAUCCCAUCCGUGGCAUCAGAAGGAGGCAAGCACUGGACAGACGAGGAGGUCCAGGCGCUGCUCUACAUCUGGGCCGACCCGAUAGUCCAACGCAGGCUUCAGGGCACCGUAAGAAAUAAGAGUAUCUUCCAAGAGGUGGCGCAAAAACUACAGAGCUUUGGUGUCCACCGGGACUGGAAGCAGUGUCGCUCCAAGUACAAAAACCUGAAGUAUGACUACAAGAACGCCAAGACCUCUGGGGUGGGCUACUUAGGGAAAACGAUGAAGUUCUUCAGAGAAGUAGAAGCCAUACUGGAGGGGAGAGCCAUGAGGACCAGCAGAGCCGGAGAACUGUCCUUCAGGAGAGGACCUGAAGGAGACCGGGGCGUGCUCUGGAAAGGACCUGAAGGAGAACGUGCUGUGUUGUGGAAGGCUCAGGAAGCAGACCGGGCAACGGUGAGGAGAACACAGGAAAGUGAGCAGGCCUCGCUAGGAAGCCUGCGAAGACGACCUGAGCACAGCAAUGACGUUGAUGAAGCAGAUAUUCGACGGCACCUGAAGUCACCGACGGCAUCUGUGGAGCAUUCCCCACAGCCCUGCAUGCCCCCAGAGGCCAGAGCUAUAUCAGGUCAGAACGACUUGGGGCCCUUGAGGGUCUGGCCCUUCUGCCCGCCAGCCGGUAACCGGGGAACGCCGGAGGGAAACCUGGACCAGUUCCAGGUGACAGUAGGGCGGAACUGGAGUGACGAGGAGGUGCGAGCACUCAUCCUGGUGUGCUCCGACACGGAGGUGCUCCAACGUCUGGAGAGAUCCACACGCAACAAGGAUAUCUUCAUGCAGAUCUCGGGCCGGCUCCUGCAGCUGGGAGUCGACCGUGACUGGAAGCAGUGCCGCACCAAAUAUAAGAACCUGAAGUACCUGUACAGCGCCCUGCAGAAAGGCCAGGGCGUACAGGGGCAUCCCCGCCGGGUGAUGAGGUUGUACCACGAGGUAGAUGCCAUCCUCAAAAACUCAAGGGAUGCGGGCGGAAGGGAGCAGGAGGUGCAGGCGGCACCUGUGAACCUGUCUCCUGCCACCGUGCUGUACAGGACCGACAGCCAAGAAGGCCCGACUUCCAGUACAAACACCAGCACAGACAUCAUGUCGAUCGAGACAGACGAAAUCCCAUCAAACAGAGGAGUGAAGAGGAAGGCUGUGGGUGAAGAGAUUUGGGUGUCUUCUAAGCUCAUUCCAUACGGAGAUUCCAAUGAAGACAGUUGUACCUCUCCAAUUACUGACUUCCAGUGUAAAGAGGAACAGGAUGAAUAUAUCCCAAUAAUUCAGAUCAAUUCUGUAUACUCCAUGACGACUCCCAUGACCGCUGCGCAAAGACAGGAGCAGAGAUUUCCGUCUGAAAUGGCGUCUGCAUCAGAGCUGAAGCAUGGGAAGAAAUUAAAUGAGGGCAAGACCAAGCAGAUCUUUGAGCUGCCGGAGCAGCCAGGCCAUGUACUGGUGCAGUCCAAGGACCAGAUCACUGCUGGGAAUGCAGCUCGCAAGGACCAGAUGGAGGGCAAGGCAGCCAUAUCCAACAAGACCACCAGCGCUGUAUUCAGGUUGCUCCAAGAUGCUGGUAUAAAGACAGCCUUUGUGGGUCAGCAGUCGGACACAGCCUUUGUGGCGCUCCACUGCGAGAUGAUCCCCAUCGAGUGGGUCUGCAGGAGACUCGCCACCGGCUCCUUCCUGAAGCGCAACCCAGGGGUUCAGGAGGGCUACCGGUUCUCUCCGGUCAAGUUAGAGAUGUUUUUCAAGGACGACGCAAACAAUGAUCCCCAGUGGUCUGAAGAGCAGCUGAUUGAGGCAAAGUUCUCUUUCGGUGGACUUGAUAUCGGACGCUGUGAGGUGGACAUCAUGAAUCGCAGUACGGUGGCGAUCUUCGAGAUCCUGGAGAAGGCCUGGGCGACUCAAAACUGCACCCUGGUGGACAUGAAGAUUGAGUUUGGCGUUAACGUGGUAACCAAGGAGAUCGUCCUGGCGGAUGUCAUCGACAACGACUCCUGGAGGCUUUGGCCUGCGGGGGACCGGAAGCAGCAGAAGGACAAGCAGGUGUACCGGGACCUGCAGGAGGUCACGCCUGAAGCCAUGCAGAUGGUGAAGAGGAACUUUGAGUGGGUCUCAGACAGGGUCCAGCUGCUCCUGGAAUCGCAGACUCACGGCAGGGUGGUGGUUCUGAUGGGCUCCGCGUCCGAUCUGGCACACUGUGAGCGGAUCCGCUCCGCCUGUGGGUUUUACGGCGUGCCGUGUCACCUCAGGGUCACGUCGGCACACAAGGGGCCGGAUGAGACGCUGCGCAUCAAAGCCGAGUAUGAAGGUGACGGAGUUCCCACGGUGUUCGUGGCCGUGGCUGGUAGGAGCAACGGUCUGGGUCCCGUGCUGUCGGGAAACACCGCCUACCCGGUUAUCAGCUGCCCCCCACUCACACCCGACUGGGGUGCCCAGGAUGUGUGGUCGUCUCUCCGUUUGCCCAGCGGCCUGGGCUGCACCACUGUCCUCUCCCCGGACGCCGCAGCCCAGUCCGCCGCCCAAAUCCUCGGCCUCAGCGACCAUCUGGUCUGGGCGAAGCUGCGAGCGGUGAUGCUCAACACCUGGAUCUCGCUGAAGCAGGCAGACAAGAAGCUACAAGCUUGCAACCUAUGAAGCCGAGCGCGGUGAAGCACCGCCGCAGGCUUAUCAACUGCAGCGCUGUCACUACAUUCCUGAAAUAAAGCAGCUUCGCAUGAAAA